AGGAAACAGAAUUUUGGUCCAAAAUGCAAUUUCAAAAAGAGAAAACUUCAGUUGGGUUCUUUCGAUGGUUUUCCAAAAUCUACUCAAUUUGUGCAACAAAAAUUUUCUGAAAUUCCUAUACUUAAUAAUUUCCAAACAGUAGAACAAUGUACUUUAGAAUAUGACCCAAUACGAGGAGCUUCAAUAGAUCCACAUAUUGAUGAUUGUUGGAUUUGGGGUGAAAGAAUAGUUACUGUUAAUGUCAUGGGUGAUUCAGUUUUAACAAUGAGUUCUUAUCAUGGUCCCGAUACAAAGUACAAUUUAAAAAGUAUUAUAGAAUAUUCCUCAACAAUUGAAGGCUUAAAAUUUGAUAUAAAAAAUAAAAAUGAAAAUGAAGAUAUCAUUGUAAGACUCCCAAUGCCAGAAGGAUCUCUUAUGGUUCUUUAUGGUAUUGCAAGGUACAAAUGGGAACAUUGUGUUUUAAGAGAAGAUAUAAACUCUAGGCGAAUUUGUUUAGCUUAUCGCGAAUUAACUCCUCCAUAUUUAUUUAAUUCAACAAAUAAUGAAGUUGUUAAAGAACUCUUAAAGAGAGCUUCAGUUUUUUAAUAAAAUGUAAUUAUAUCUAAAAAAAAUUUAUUCCAAUAAAACAUAUAUUUAAUUUGUACAAAAUAUUUAAAUACACAUUAUAUAUUACGUAUUAUAGAAAUAUAUUAAUUUUAUAUAUA